AUUAGAAUUGCUGAGACUAGAGUGUCCCUAUGUCCAGGAAGAAUGAGAACUUUCAUUGAUUUUAUUCCUCCGGUGAUUUUAAAUGUUGUUUUCUGGAAUUCAUCUCAGUUGAUUGGAGUUGAUGCGCUCAUAGCGGUUGACAUCCAUCACUUUGCCAAUUUAUGCUGGAAUUCAUYCCCCUCUGCUUGCACUACGUCUACAAGGAUGUACGCAAAUGUUCCUAAUAGAAGAACUUUUGGAGGACUUCUGGGGASCGGGAUUCUAUCCUUGGGUACAGCUAAUAGAAGAGAAGCGAAAGCUGCCGAGAUUAAAUCGAAACCUCUUGUGGAUGUACCGAUGGUCCGACUCAAACUUCCCAAAGGGGGUUUUGGCAGAGAAUAUAUCGCAUUAAAGCUGAAAGUUCAAGGUCAAGGACCUUUCGAUUUCAUGAUAGAUUCAGGAUUGACUACCGAAUUGAUCACGCCCCAUCUUCAACAUGUUUUAGGGAUAAAUGAAGGGCGCAGUCGAUUAUCUGGACUAGCAGCGGGAGGUCAAACUACCUCGAACUCAGUGGUAGAAUUGAGCGGUGCCUCUAUCGAUGUGGCGGAUGGAUCAUCCUCCCUUAACUUGCCAAAACUAACUGCAGUAAUUACGAGUUUUCCCCAGGAGCACAUCGAUCCGACCCACGAUCCGGUCGAAGGAAUGUUGGGGAUGGAGUUGCUAUCGCUGUUUGAUGUAGACUUGGACUUUCCAAAAAACCGAAUCAGACUCUUCGAGCCAGGAACUGUAGAUACUUCAAGUUUGGCUCAGCUUCCUGCUGUUGUCAUAAAUGAAAGUAUGCUGAUCGGCAUUCGUGUGUCAACGCCUACCCAAAAAAAUGCUCAGCCUAUUUUAGGCUUUCUUGAUUGCGGCUCUACGUUUAGUUGCAUCAACUGGAAAGCCGCUCAAGCUUUGGGAUUACCUCCAAAGAAUGAUCCAGUAUAUCGGAGUGGACCUGUUAUAGCAGCACUCGGUGUCGACGGUAGGCCAUUGACUUUACCAACUGUUGAAAAACAACUAAGCUAUGCUGGAAACCCAGUUUUSGAUUCCAAGUCCGGUAGACCGGUAGGUUUUGAAUCACCUCMGGCCGAUUGGAACCCAUGGGAUCCUGUCCAAGUCGCUGUGGGAGACAUACCUGYAUUUAGCAAUAUUCUUGGAGAUUCUGUUACUCCMUACGAAGGCCCAGCGGCGUUGAUUGGCCUUGACGUUCUGGCCCAGCGUCGAGUUGUACUCAAAGCUGGAAAACCCAAUUCUCGGCGAAGAAUCGUUGCAAUUACAMCCAAAUAAUAUCCGGUAAUAUACGAAUGUAUUUAUGUUCAUACUUAUUCUCAGAUCUCAUCGUACAACUUUCUACUAGUUCACGCACCAAAACAUAAUCUCCUGCCGAGGAUAGGAUAUUCGCGAGUCUAAUACACUAAACUUAKCGUU